AUGGCGACCAAUUUCCUGGCUGUGCCGAGCAAGCAGGCGCUCCCGCUGCCUGACUUCUCCAAGCACUUGCUGCAGUACAUCUCGGGCCAUUUCCGCGAUGCGCACCCCGACGCAUUCCGGCGUGACGUCGACAGCCUAGUGGCGAUGCGCCGCGAAUGGGUUGAUCCAAAGACUGAGGCUCACCCCGAGAUCAUCAAGGGUCUUAUGAAGUAUCACGCGCAGCUGGCGUUUGUGGCCACAAAGUUCCCCUCAGAUAUCGGCGUCUCGUUCGCAUAUCGCCUUCCCUUCCCUUCCCCGUACAGCAUGACUCCCGACGCCAUCAUAAGCCUCAACUCGUUCACGUACGAGCGCGCGAGCGUGCUGUACAACACAGCCGCAAUUUAUGCCUCGCUCGCCGCGAUGGAGCGUCGUGCUGAGGCAGAGGGCAUCAAACGUGCCCUUAACUACCUCUCUUCUUCGGCCGGCAUUCUCAACUAUCUCAUCACCAGCGUCUUGCCUACCCUCAAGGGCGAAAUGUCGUCGCCACAGGCGGCGGGGUACGACAUGAGCGAGUCGUUCCUUACGAGUAUGCGCGAGUUUGUGCUCGCACAGGCGCAGGAAUGCUUCUGGCAGCAGGCCGUGUUGCAGGGCUCGUACAAGAACGCGCUCGUCGCCAAGCUUUCGAUGAAGGUUUCCGAGUACUACCGGUCAUCGCUGAAGGCCGCCAACGGUAUGGACUUUCCUUCGGCAUCGAACUUCCCUCAGAAUUGGACCAACCACGUCCUGGUCAAGGCGAAUCACUUCGAGGCUGCUGCGCAGUACCGCCAGAGCCAGGACGACCUGGAGAAGGGCAGAUACGGCCAGGAGAUUGCACGCCUGCGCGUUGCGGAGGGCUUGGCCAAGAAGGGCCUAGAUGCUGGACGCAAGGGCGUGAGCGAGGCAGUCGUCAGCGACCUGCGGAGCCUGUCCUCAGCGGUCAAGUCGAGUCUGGACCGCGCCGUACGCGACAACGACCUCGUCUACAUUGACCCAGUGCCGCCAGCAUCCCAGCUUGCCCAGCUCGCUGGCGUCGGCAUGGUCAAGCUGAACACGCCGACCGAGAUUUCUGAGCCAGUCGCGUGGCUCAUGAACGGCGGGAGUGGGCAGCCACCGCUCUUCAGCCAGCUCGUGCCAUAUGGAGUGCACCUCGCGCUGAGCAUCUACGACGACCGCAAGGACACGGUGGUGCGCGAGAUGGAUGGCAAGCGCGAAGAACUGGACGGCGUGGCUGCCAGCACACUUCAGUCCCUCAACCUUCCCGGCAGCCUACAGGCGUUAGAACGUCCGGUCGGGCUCCCACCAAGCCUGAUCAAGAAGGCGGAGGAGGUCGACGCAGCUGGCGGCGCGGACAAGAUCCGCUCACUGCUGAUGGAUGUGAAGCGACUCUCGAAGAGCAACGCCAAGGUGCUCGAGGAUGCGAUGGAUAUCCUAGACCAGGAGGCGACGGAGAACGAGCAGCUGCUCGAGCGGCAGCCACACCUCGCCGAGACGCGGCAGCCGUCGCACGUCGCAAACACCCACCUCAUCGGCAUGGCAGGGCAGUACGAUGCGACGCUUAAACAGGCGGCGAGCAGUGAUGGGACGGUGCGGGCCAAGUGGGAGGAGUGGCGGCACAUGAUCGAGAUCCUGAGCGACGGUGAGGAUAUUAUCAACGAUCACGUGCCCAGCACGACCGGUUCAUACGCUGCGCUGCCGUCGAGUGUGCGUCCUCUCCGUGCAUCCCUGGAGGAGCUCGACGACAGAAUCGCGCACCGCGCUGCCCUCGUAGCCGAGGCUCGUGCUGUAGCCGCACACGACGACGUCCGCCCCGAGGUACUGCAGGAGGCCUCGCGUCUCGCGCACGGUGGCAGCGGCGACGUAAAGCCUGAGUGGUUUGAGCCACUCUUUGACAAGGCAGCCGCCAAGUACGACCGCCUACGCGACGAGAUGGACGCAGAGGCUGGCGGGCAGGAUGAGCUGCUCGAGCAGAUUCGGAAACAGAACGAGGCGUUCCUCGCCGAGCGCAAGGAGGACCCGCGCGUCAAGGAGCGCGAGCGCAGCCUCCAGGACAUGGACAUGGCGUACUGGAAGUGGCGCGAGAUUGUUGACAAUGCCGACGAGGGCAUCAAGUUCUACAACCAGCUCGCCAACCACCUCCAACAGUUCAAGGACGCGUGUUCGCAGUUCCUAAACGCCCGUCGCGUGGACGUGGGACAGGUCACUAACCAGCUCGCACACGUGAGCUUUGCUGACCAGCCUGCGCAACAGCACCACCAGUCGUCCCUUUCACCGCAAUUUGUCCCGAGCCCGCCGCCAGCGGCGUUGCCCGUGCGGCCGUCGGGACCGUCAGCGCCCCUGCCUCCUCGCACCUCGUCAGCCACCUCGCCUCUCACCUCGACUCCACAGACAUUCUCACCGGCUCCAGCUACGUCUCCUCCACCCGUAACAGCGCCGUUCCUCGCUCACCCCUCGUCGGCACAGUGGCAGAGCAGUGCCGACUUCCUCCCCCCUCCGCCACCGCAGCCCGUCAUACGCAGCGGCGGGGUGCCCUCGCGCGCAGCUGCACCUGCCGUCGACUCACCCCGACGAAUGACCCGCAGCCAGGCGCGGCAGGGGCCCAUCGGAGACCCAGACCACAACCCCUACCGUAAAGAGGGUAAGCGGCGGGGCGAGGGUGUCAUCUAG